UUUCCAUGUUGCUGAUGACGGCCGCCUUCACCUGCCUGAUGCUCACCUUCAACCUCACCUCGCUCGGCGACAAGGCCUAUUUCUUCGCCUACGUCUGUCUGCUGUUUGGCUGUUUUUCCGGGACGUUUUCCCUCUUCCCCACCGCCUCGGCCAAGUGCUUUGGUCCCAAAUAUCUCGGGAUUAACUACGGGCUUCUCUUCUCAUCGCUGUUCGUCACCUCCCUUCUCUGCACUUUUCUGUCGCAGACGUUGAAGUCUUUGAUUGGAUGGGAGGGUCUCUUCUUUCUUAUCGCAGGGUUUUCCUUCAUCAGCUUCGUCCUCGCCAUGUGUUUCAAGGCCAAGGACAGGAACGGCAAAGAGAUCUGAUCGAGAGGGAUUUCCUCAACUCACAGCAAUCGUUACCUCGGUGUCGGCCAUGUUGUUUUAAGGUGUUCAUCUAAGUGUUGUGAGACGCUGCCCAACGUAUAGUGACCGUCCAGCCAGGGUAGUGUUGUAUGUAGUCACCGGGAGUCAGAAUCAAAAUAUGUAUGUGUCACGGCACGCUGGAAUCAGGCUCUCGUAUAUGUAUGUGUCACGGCACGCUGGAAUCAGGCUCUCGUAUAUGUAUGUG